AUGGCCCUCCACCAACGCUCAUCCAUGCGACACUCCAGCUAUGGCGCCCAUCGCCCCGGCUCCAGCACCCCGAGCGCUGCGAAGGUCCACCGCCUCAGCAUGAACUCCGAAGACCCCUCCUCCCAGCCCGCGGGCCCCGUGCCCCACGACGAUGCCGACAUCACCCUGGCCGACGACGACCCCAGACACCAAGAGUUCAGGGAGCGCUUCGCGAAGACGGAGCAGCGCAUCGCCGCGCUCCUGUCCGGCUCUUUCGACCUGUCCGCCUUCACCGGACAUGACGAUGGCGAUGCUUCUGUCAACACCGCGUCGGCUGACCGCGCCGAGCCCCAGUCGCAACCCGCGCCCGCGCCCAAGAAGCCCGCCCGGACAAUUGAUGAAGACGACUAUGGCGACGACGACGACGAUGACGACGCCGACGAGCCGCUGCAGGCCGAGUCGCCGCUGCAGACCAAAAGCGCUGCUGCUACCAAUGCCUCUAGCUCUCUUCUGAAAGUACCCUCUUCCCUCCCCGCGAAGCCCUCCAUCGACCGCGCCGCCUCCGCCUCCUCUGCCGAUCAAUCCAAGAACGCCGAGGAUGUGCGCAAGGAGCUUAACGAACAGAAAAAAGCCGCCGAGGAUGCCGCGCGCCGUUCCUUCCACACACUUUUCUACACGCUCGAGACGGACCGCGAUGCCAUGUUGGAGCAGCAGAAGCUCGACGAGCUGGACCGCCAGGUCGAAACGGAGAUGUCUGGCCAGUCUGCUCAAGUGGUGAACAAUGCCGCCGCCGCCAGCGCCAAUCAGCAGGGCUCUCUGAGCAGCGCCAACUUGGGUUCAUCGAGCUUGACGUUCAAACACCUCAUUUCUCGUAUCGAUGCGAAGCGCAAUUUGGUCAAAGCGUCCGACGCACAAUUGCGCAGCUUGAUGAGCGAUGUGCGUAAGAAUCGGAGUAAAUGGGCUAGCGAGGACAAAGUCGGCCAGGAAGAACUCUACGAGGCCGCAGAGAAGGUUCUCAUGGAGCUCAAGGCCAUGACGGAACAUGCAGCCCCUUUCCUGCAGCGUGUCAACAAGCGCGAUGCGCCCGAUUACUACCAAGUCAUCAAGCAACCUAUGGACAUCGGCACCAUGAUUAAGAAGCUCAAGUCACUCCAAUACCGGUCCAAGAAGGAAUUCGUCGACGACUUGAAUCUCAUUUGGUCAAACUGCCUUAAAUACAAUGCCGACCCCUCACACUUCUUGCGCAAAAAGGCGCUUUACAUGAAGAAGGAGACGGAUAAGCUGGUCCCACUCAUUCCAGAUAUUGUCGUGCGCGAACGCGCCGAGGUGGAGGCCGAGGAGAGGCGGAUGCAGAGCAUCGAUGCUGACCUCGAAGGCGUUGAAGACAGCGACGAUGAACCUAUUAUGGCUUCGAGAGGACGCAAAGCACCUAGUAAAGGCAACAAAGGAUCUUCCGCAGUCAGAAAGGCUCCUUCAGCAGGCACUGAAGGAACCCCAGGAGCGGAGACCAAGCCAAUGCCUGGCUCAGCAAGUAUUCCUAGAACAGAAUUUUUACGUGCGGAUUCGGAAAUGGAUGGCGGCCUGAAUGGGUUUUCAACGCCACCUCCCCCUGGUACUCUUACUCCACUUGGCACCAACGGCAUGCCAGGAACCGCAAGCCAAGCCGACGCUUCGGAUAUGGAUGCCGGAAGUUCUGUCGUCGGUGCUGCGCCGACCGAGGAUGCAGAUUUGGAUGAUGUGGAAUAUAAGACGUGGAAACAAGUGACGAAGAAAGACAGAGCUAUGAUUGCUGCAGAACGACACCGUCUUUUCCGGAAUGACCAUCUCAACGUUGAAGAGCCUGCUCUGAUCCGUACAAAAGCUGGUAUGCGGCGGUGGUUGCGCCAGCACAAGCAAGCUGUCCACGGAGAUGUUCCUGAGGAUGAGGGUGAAGUAGUUGACGGCAAGGACGGUGUGCAGGGAGCAUCGGGCGAGACUCUUGCCGAAGGCAUCGAAGGAGAAGAGGAACGCCAAGUCCCGGACUACUACGACACUCUAUCCGUCAUGCCAGAAGUGAACGAAAAAUUAAAAUGGGCUGAAGACUCGGAAGGUCAGGUCAUUCAGCAAGGUGAAGAGUUCAUGCGCAUGGUACCUAAAGGUUUCUUCCAGUCGCCGAAGAGUAAUUUGGCGACGAAGAUGGAGGCAAAUAUGAAGCAGAUGCAGGACACUCGCAAGAUCUGCGCAAAGAUCGGCAUCGUCAAGCAGAUGCAACUGCAAUCACAGACAUAUCAAAACCAGUUCCAAAAGUAUGAUCCUCAACCUUUCGAGGAAGUGGAUGUGGGUCCUGUAGUUGUAUCAGAUGACGGUGCCGUCAUGUCUCAGUGGACAUGUAGAGCCGCCCUCCAACGCAGUGUUGCAAAGGUGUUUUACCAUGCCGGAUUCGAGGAGUUCCAGCCUGCUGCAUUGGAUGCGGUUACCGAUCUCACGAGCAACUUCUUCACUCAGAUUGUCAAGACAUUCAACGUAUACCGCGAAGCACCCAAAGUCCGGUCUGAAACUGGCCUGCCUAUGUGGAAGCCUCGCUUCACCAGCGAGGAAACCAUUCUGCAUGCCCUACGUCAGAACGGAGUUGACCUGGAAGCACUGGACUCGUACGUCAAGGAGGACGUUGAUAGGUUGGGAUCCAAGCUAGGUGUCAUGCACGAGCGCAUGAAGGCUCACCUGAGCGAGCUUCUGCGUCCUGCGCUGGAUGCCAAUGCCGGAGCCGAUGGGGCCGGCGCUUUCAACGAUGGGAGCGAACAGUUCUCCUCGGGAGAUUUCGCCGACGAAAUCGGAGAAGAUUUCUUCGGGUUCAGGGAAUUGGGUUUGGACAAGGAAUUGGCAUCCUUCACGGUGCCCUUUCACCUGCUCCAGAACAGGAUCCACAAUGCUUACCAAACGCAGAACGCAAGUACCACGUCUACGGCUGGGAACUUGUGGGAGAAUCCUGCGCCGUGGGAACCUGUCACGAUCCAUACUAUCCGCAACCAGAUUGGCCUUGUCCAAGGGUAUUUCCUGGAAAAGCUGCAUGCGAACAACGACCAGCAGCUCAUCGAAGACGAAGAUUUACCUGCGAAACAGCGCUUCCCGAAACCGCGUCUUCCGCCCACAGGCAAGAUCUCCAGCCCGCGCAAGCGUCCGCUUCGCGAGCAACAGCAGAUGGCCAAGAAGAAGCGCAAGCUCGUCGAGGAAAAUCUUGGGGCCGGAAACACGCAGGAAUCGUCGCAGCAGCAAUCAUCGCAAAGCGGCGCCAACGGUACUUCGGCGGCGGGGUCUGGUGCUGCAGUCAAGGGUAUCUCCAAGCCGGUUGGCAAGCUCAAGCUCGAGGCACCGUCGAGCAAGGAGAACGUAGCGGAGCCGGAGAAGGACGACGCUAACGGAGUUGUUGGGAUGAUGAGUCCGGAGAGCAUUAAUGGCGCUGGUUGA